AUGACCAAAGCCUCUACAAUGGUCGGAAAACCAUUCCGAAUCCCAUUGCUCAGAAAGACCGAGGAGUCUGGUGACAAUGACGGAGGCUCCGAGCCCCAAGCAAAAAAGAGGCGGAUCAGCAGCGACAAAGGGGACGGGUUCCACGCAAGCCACUUUUUAGCAGUCAAAAACCCCGCAGUAGCCACAGAGUCACUCGACGGAGGGUCCGAGGUAUACUACAAUGUUCUUUGGCGGAAGUAUACGACCAAGAAGCACAAGACCUGGGAUGGUGAUGGGGUGCUAAAAGUCACUGGCGGGCAUGCCCAUCUCCAGGACACUUCAGGACGUGAUAUGGGAAAAGCAUCUUGCGAUUGGCCUCUGCUUCCUGGCUCCCAGCUAUCGAUAGGGGGAAAGGAGGUAGAAGUCGAUUCCAUCCUCUCAAAAGAGGAUUCCUUGGCCGGUCGACCAUUCCUGAAGUCAAGCAUCUUGAAGUUUACACCAGAGUUUGUACAAGUACCCCUACCAAACCCAAAGCCGAGGCCAGACUCGAAGGCGGCUCUCCUACAGCAGAGCGAGGAAACGAAGAAGCCACUCAAUCUGGCUGCGCCGAGAAGUGUAGCUACCCAAGCAAUGUUCAAGAAUCCAUUACUAGCAAGCACUGUAAUGCCUAAGCAGGAACCCAACGAGCCAACACCGCGCCAUGAUCCAACCGCCGCACAAGCAAUAGUCAUGAAGCGUCCCAAAACCGUGCCGAAAGGAAAACAGGUCGUGGAUGUUGUGGUCGAUCCACUUCUUGCGAAACACCUACGGGAACAUCAACGUGAAGGAGUCAAAUUCAUGUACGAGUGUGUGAUGGGCAUGCGUGACUUUGAUGGCCAAGGUGCAAUCCUAGCAGACGAGAUGGGCUUAGGCAAAAGUCUGUCGACUAUCGCGUUGUUAUGGACGUUGCUGAAGCAGAACCCUAUCUGCGACGGUUCGCACAAUCCGCCGCCUGUCAUCAAAAAGGCUCUGAUAGUAUGUCCCGUUACUCUGAUAAACAAUUGGCGCAAGGAAUUUCGCAAAUGGCUUGGGGUUGACAGACUUGGUGUUUACGUCUUUGACGGUAGCAAGAAGCAUAUCACAGGCUUUACUACAAGCAAAGCUUAUCCCGUUGGGAUCAUUGGGUAUGAAAAGCUAAGGACUGUGGUCGGGGAUCUGAAGAAGGGCCAUGGAAUCGAUAUUGUGAUCGCUGACGAGGGCCAUCGUCUGAAAACAGCCAAGAAUAAGAGCGCACAAGCCAUCAAAUCUCUGAACACCUCAAAGAGAGUUAUCCUAUCUGGGACUCCUAUCCAAAAUGAUCUGAGCGAAUUCUUCAUGAUGGUCGACUUUGUUAACCCGGACCUACUGGGAUCAUUCAAAACGUUUACCAAAGAAUUUGAAUUUCCGAUCGUGAAAAGCAGACAGCCUGGCGCUUUGAGGAAAGAUGUUGAGAAAGGCGAAGCAAGAAGCGAAGAAUUAGCCUUACUGACCAGCAUGUUCAUACUUCGCCGGACUGCUGAUAUACUCUCGAGAUACCUACCGUCAAAGACGGAGUUGUUGGGAAGCCCAGAGGCCUCACUUCAGCUCAUCACUGUCCUCAAGAAGGUUUGCAACAGCCCGUCGUUGCUCAAUGGCAAAACUCUUUCAGAUCCUUCGGUGGCGCCGGACUUCUGGCCAGUGUUCCCCCUCAUCUACUUCGCACCAACGCUGGUAGUACCAAACUACGGGUCCUUGAUCAACUUAUGCACAACCUUCGGACUACUACCCGAGAAAAAAAUCGUUCUCGUCUCCAACUACACCGCAACCCUCGACCUUCUGCAAACACUUCUCACCUCACUCUCCUAUCAUUACCUCCGCCUUGAUGGCUCCACCCCAUCCUCCAAACGCCAAGAACUUGUAGACGCUUUCAACCGCUCGUCAGCCUCCGAGUGUUUUGCCUUCCUCCUGUCCGCCAAAUCUGGUGGGGUUGGCCUCAAUUUGAUCGGCGCCUCCCGCCUCGUUCUUUUCGACGUAGACUGGAACCCUGCCACAGAUCUCCAGGCAAUGGCAAGGAUCCAUCGCGACGGACAGAAGAGGCCUUGUGUCAUCUAUCGCUUUGUCAUGGCUGGAGGAUUGGACGAGAAGAUCUGGCAGAGGCAGACGACGAAAUUGGGCCUCGCUAACAACAUCAUGGACCAGAAGGGAGGGACUAGUAAUUUCACAAAGGAAGAACUCGAGGACCUUUUCAGACUCGACGAAGGGUUGUCCUGUCAGACUCAUGAUCUGCUCGGCUGUUGCUGCGAGGGGCGAGGUCUACCGGCCCCUUUCCCCGUCGACGAAGAGCUGACAGAGAUCUUGGACAGCGAUGAUGAGGUGAGAGAGGAGGAAAUGCCGGAUCUACCUCGGCUCAUUCAGGCAAACAACCUUGACAUGGAAGAGCAAGAGCGAAAGAUCAAAGAAGAUGCGCGUUCUUCCCGAAAUCAGAAGGAUGGUGCGAAGAUGGAUUUGCUGAUGGCUUACUCACACGUUGAUACUUCAAAUUUCUCAAAGGAAGAUGAUGACGAUAUGGAGGCUUUGGUUCAUGACAAGGUGUUGCUCGAUGUGUUGAAAGAUGAGGGCAACAGGGUAUCGUUUGUCUUUGCUAAGACCUCUGGCUGA